UUUUUGCAUAUACGGGUCGUGUACGUUUCGUGUGUGGCGUUACAUGAAAAAUUUUUUCGAGACGAUUUUUCAGUGAGUUCGCAGUGCAAAAAGGAAUUUUCCUCGACAAAUGCUACACGCGACGACGACAAAUUCGGCAGUUCAAGAGCACAUCGAGACGUGAAAUUUGUGAAAAACGGAAAUUUUUAACAACUCAUCACUAAAAGGACAGAAUGGCACAACAACCAGGGCCUUACUACCAUCAACAGAUGCAGCAACAGCAGCAACAACUACCGCAAUUUUAUCCCGGCGUCAAUAAAGUGAAUGGACAGUCUCAACCUCCCCCGCCUGGACAAUGGGCACCACCCCCGAUGAACACAAAUUUGCCGCCGCCGCCGCAACAACAGCCACAAAUGCAAAUGCCCCCCAUGAAUGGACCCGCGAAGCCUCCCGGGAACUUUCCGCCGCCACUGACAAAUGGGAAUAACAGUAAUUUUUCGUCGCGAACCGCAUCGCCCGCUGUCACAGAUCCACGUUCGCCUCACAUGCCGUCGCAACAGCAUCUGCAACCGCCGCAAAUUGCGCAAUUACAGCAAGCGGGCAACGUUUUGACGCCACCAAAGAUGGCAUUCGGUGCUGCUAGUCCCCUAAAUUCGUCGACGCCGAAUCAAUCGCCUAGCGUGGCGUCGCCCCAGAUGUCGACUGUGACAAAUGCCAUGCAGCAAAUGAAUAUUCGGCAGCAACAACAACCUCCGUCUCAGGGAAUGGCGAAUGGGCCGACGAAUAAUGUGCCACAAUUUCCAAAAGUUGUUGGUUUGCCGCAGCAGCAAGCGAUGCCACAGCCUCCGAUGAACAAUAAUUUCCCCGGACAACAAGUUCCGAUGAUGAAUGCGAUGCCGCAGCAGCAGCAACAACAACAAAUGAACGGAAAUUCGACCCCAAACAUGGCAAAUCGCAUGCCAGGACCCCAAAUGAACGGCAAUCAACCGGGAAUGCAGCCGCCACAAAUGAAUCAAGUGCCUAAUACUGCUGUAAAUCAUCAAUCGGCGCCGCAGCGACCACCAAUGAUGCCCCCGCAACAACAAUCGUAUCAACCGCAGGCACCUCCGUCACUCAAUGCGACCCAAAAUGGACCAACGCCCAUGAAUAAGCGUCCCAUGUACCCUCAGCAACCACAGCAGCAACCACAAUUCAAUCCUGCGAUGCCUCCCAUGCCACAGCAACAGCCCCAACAACAACAGUAUCAGCAAUAUCCUCAGCAGCAGCAGCAACAACAACAGCAAACGGGCUUCAAUGGGUACAAUAAUCAGCAGCAAGAUCGUCUCCAAUAUCAAAGUAAUCAACCAAAUGUCGUGAAUUCCGGAUUUAAUCGGAUAUGGGGACAAGAUACGGUUGAUUUGAUGCAAAAUCGAAGGAUAUUGCCGCUGCAUAAGGUUACGCCGCCUCCCAUUAAACUCAAUCAUCAAUUUCACGAGGCCGUUAAUUGUAGCCCGGAUAUUUUUCGGUGUACGCUGAAUCGAGUGCCAGAGUCAAAUAGUCUUUUGCAAAAGUCGCGACUUCCAAUGGGGGUUCUGAUACAUCCGUUCAGGGAUUUAAAUAACUUACCGGUAAUUACGAGCUCCGUGAUAGUCCGAUGUCGCGUGUGUCGAACUUACAUCAACCCCUUUGUCUAUUUCGUCGACAGCAAAAAGUGGAAAUGUAAUUUAUGUUAUCGUGUAAAUGACUUGCCCGAAGAAUUUUUGUACGAUCCCGUGAGUAAAACUUAUGGCGAUCCAACGAGACGACCUGAGGUCAAAUCUAGCACGAUCGAGUUCAUUGCUCCGUCUGAAUAUACGUUACGUCCUCCACAACCCGCAAUAUUCCUCUUUUUACUGGAUGUUUCGUCGAUCGCUCAACAAACGGGCUACUUGCAAGUGGUGUGCGACACAAUUUUAGAUCAAUUGGACAAAUUGCCAGGUGAUACGAGGAAACAAGUGGGAUUUAUUGCCUAUAACAGUGCCGUUCACUUCUAUAAUAUCGCGGAAAAUUUCAAUCAACCACAUGAAGUUACUGUCUUGGAUCUCGAAGACAUUUUCCUUCCAUUCCCGGACAAUUUGGUGGUGAAUUUGAAAGCAUGCACGGAACUAAUCAAGGAUUUGUUGGCACAACUACCAAAGAGGUUCGAAAAUCAGCAUGAUCCGUACAGCUCGUUAGGAGCAGCACUACAAGCUGCCUAUAAAUUAUUGAGCCCAACUGGUGGACGAAUCACUGUUUUCCAAACUUGUUUGCCGAAUCAUGGACCGGGAUUACUGCAACCGAGAGAGGAUCCGAACAAUCGCUCUUCGAAAGAUGUUCAACAUUUGGGUCCUGCUACCGAUUUCUACAAGAGAUUGGCUCUAGAUUGCUCCGGACAACAAAUUGCCGUCGAUAUUUUCCUUCUAAAUAGUCAAUAUUGUGAUUUAGCGACGUUAUCUGGUGUCAGUAAGUUCAGUGGGGGCUGCAUCUAUCAUUUCCCGUUAUUCAACGCAAACAAGCCAAAUAUGAUAAAGUCCUUCAAGCAAUGUUUCGAGCGUUAUCUGACACGAAAAAUUGGCUUCGAGGCUGUUAUGCGGGUGCGAUGCACGCGCGGCCUCCAAAUUCACACAUUCCAUGGCAAUUUCUUCGUGCGCAGCACAGAUUUACUCUCGUUGCCCAACAUCAACCCGGAUGCCGGCUUCGGUUUGCAAAUUUCCUACGAGGAAAGUCUCAUCGAUGUCAAGACGGUGUGUUUCCAGGCAGCUCUCUUGUACACCAGCAGCAACGGCGAACGUCGAAUUCGCGUUCACACGCUUUGUGUUCCCGUUUCCGCGAGUCUUUCGGAGAUUAUGCAGUCCGCCGAUGUGCAAUGUAUCGUUGGGUUGCUGUCAAAAAUGGCCGUAGACCGAUCACUUUCGUCGAAUUUGUCGGAUGCACGCGAUGCGUUCAUUAAUGCAACGGUAGAUGUGCUCAGUGCGUAUAAAUUGGCGCAAAAUUUGCCGUCGGCAAGUGGGUUAUUGGCACCGAAUAACUUGGCGCUGUUCCCGUUGUACGUGCUAGCAUUACUGAAACACACGGCUUUCCGUACCGGAACAAGUACCCGAUUAGAUGAUCGCGUGUAUGCCAUGUGCGAAAUGAAGACGCUACCACUUGAUCAAUUGAUGAAAUUCCUGUAUCCGGACUUUUAUAACAUCGAUUCGUUGUUCGUGGGAGGCGAAAAUGGCGCAGUUAAGCAAGAAGACGGCGCAAUUUUAGUCAAUGAACCACCAAGACUGCAACUUUCAGCGGAAUUUUUGGACACGAGAUCAAUCUUCUUGUUGGAUGGCGGAUCGUACAUGAUGCUGUACAUAGGCUCCAAUGUCCAACCAUCACUAAUAAAUAGUAUUUUAGGUGUUGCUUCAAUUCAAGAAGUGCCAGACGUUUGUUAUAGCUUACCGGAGAUUAAAACGACACAAAAUGAGGCGUUACAUGCAUUUAUUGAAAGUUUAAAUGAGGAAAAGCCUUAUGCGCCUGUCAUUCAAGUCAUCAGAGAUUCAAGUGCAACGCGUCCCCUACUAACGGAAAAGUUCAUCGAUGACAGAAACGAUUCAUCAUUAUCCUAUUAUGAAUUUUUACAACAUAUAAAAACCCAGGUCAAGUAGAUAGGAGUCUCUAAGUAGGCGAAUUUUCAUUGUGUUAAACCAAAAUUUAUUGAUUGAAUCAUUUAGGAAGGAAAAAAAUAUAUAUAUAAAAAAAUAAUAAAUUUAUUAAAAUAUCUAUAUAUUAACAAAUAUUUAUAGAAGAUAAAAAAAAGAAGGAAACACCAUAAGUAGGAUUUCGAUUGACUAGUCGUGACAUUAAAUUUACUCGAACGCGUUUUUUUGUGCAUUUUUGGACAAAAUUCAACGAAAAUUAGAUUUUAGAGCACAAUUUCUUGCAUUGCACCAUUUUUUGACAAAAAAAUUAAAAUUAAUGAAAAUUUUGGAAAGCAAUUUGACGCAAAAAAAAGUAAAAUUUAAUGAAUCGACUUGUAAAUAAUUUUCAAAAAAAAUCUGUAAUUUAUUAGAACGAAAAAGGAAUUUGGAUUAGAAGUUAGUCAAUGAUAAAUACUGUUGAUUUAUGGUUAAUUAUUUGAUAUUGUUCUAAGAUAUUUUUUUUUUGUUUUUCUCUAAGAAAAAAAAACUAUUUAAAUAUUUAAUCAAAAAUUAUCAUUUUUAUUUCUUCUUACAUGAAAGAAAGCCAUCAUCACGUAAAGUUUUUAAUCUUAUGAAUCACAUAGAAAAUAUUUUGUUUAAUUUUUUUUUGUGGAAUUUGGCUUCUUCUUUACAUAUAGUAUACAUAUAAAAUAUAAAUAUUAUCAUUAAUUAUUUGUAAGGUAAGGAAAUUACUGCAUCCAAUAAGUAGGUAGUUAGAAAUUGGUCACUAAAGAUUUAGACAAAUAAUAAA